AUGGUGAGCACCAGAGGACACCCCAGGGAGUUUCCUUCUCCCGCGACGCCGUCCAGUACAGCGUCCCCCCCAGCCGACGCCUUGCGGUCAGUCGUGCGCUCGUCGCCAGCGCCGGCCAGCAAUGCGCGCAAAGGCGUGCACACGCCCUCGGUUCUGGUGCUGAUUUGGCUGUUGGUCUCGGUGCCUCUGGUGAUUUGGGACUCGGGCUACAUCUUCUUGCGCCCGCAUAGCAUGCCCGGUGGGAAGUUUCACUCGCCCAUCUGGACCCCCUACGCACUGUACGGCACUGUGGACUAUAUCUAUGGCUGGCCCGCGUUCAAUGCCCGCAACGGCUUUACGGCCGCACAGGCCCUUUUGAAUGUGAUCGAAACUAUCGGCUAUAUUAGCUAUCUGGCAGUGGUGUAUGUCUACGGCACCAGCGCAACCAACACGGGACGCGCCUCGACAAAGAGAGUCAAGAAGGGACUAUCGUGGUUUCUCCUGGAUGAGAAAGUGGUGCCUGGCCGCAUCGGUGGCCUCGCUCUGCUCAUUGCCUUUAGCGCCAGUGUUAUGACCUUGAGCAAGACUGUCUUGUACUGGUUCAACGAACUAUUCUCUGGUUUCACGAACAUCGGCCACAACAGUGUAUCCAAUUUGGUUUUCCUGUGGAUCAUUCCAAAUGGUCUUUGGAUUAUCUUUCCAGCAUAUAUGAUCUAUGUUCUCGGAGGCGAGAUUGUAUACGCACUGGAAGCUGCAGCUCCUCGUCUGCCCAAGGGUGGCCGCCUCAAAAGCCUAUAG